AUGGCAUCACCAGCAAAAUCCGGGAAAAGAUCUGCCCAAGCACAUCCACAGGAGAUUCCGAUUCCCGCUGAGAAGCGUCAGCGAUGUCACGCAGAUUUGCAUGGGAAUUCCGAUCGUCUGCACAACACCUCAACGAUACCGUGUGGAUGUUCUUUGGCCACGGCUAAAGUGAACCGAUGGAAAUCGGCAGCUGAGAUGUUGAACAAUGCCCCGGAUCUGUCUAACGCGUUGGAAAAAGCAUUGACCGAUCUGUUUUUACGACGUGUGAGUGACCAUUGCGGUUGUACGCACAUAUCCGGACACGAACUGACCCCGUUGGAAUUGGUGGAUGUGAUCAGACGAUUGCCGGAACAACUGUUAUUCACAUACCAGGGUCGAGUAUUACGUAGUCGAACCGGGAAACCGUUACCAAAUCCGGUGAUUUUUCCUUUGCAUAAUCCCAUCCACGGCCGAGCACAGUCUGGGGAUAUUUUGGACGAGGCAGAGCUCAUACUAGAACAACAAAAGUCCGAAAUGGUCACGGGCCAAGUUGUAACCCAUUCGGCACAACCACAAAAUAGCUCCACAUCGAAUGUGACCAAUUCGGUCAUGGGUUCAAUCAAACCGACCAGUCCGGCAGAGUCCUCGAAAAUCUCCGAGUCUGCUCACACGUGUCGCGUUCUCGUACUGGAUUUGACUGGAUCGGAAAAUCCGGGCGAUUGUGGCACACUGCCGAAACAAUUGAGCACGGAUGAACACAUUCGUUGCGAUCUUCUAUGGUGUUCACUGUACACGGGUACAAUUACCAACCAAUUGGCCGCCUGUCCCUCCCAGCUCCGAGUCACCCAACUGUUUCGUGCACAUCCCAUCACACGAGCACUUCGUUCGGCUCAGUGGCUUCGUAUCCCUCUGGUCCCGGUACGCCGGACCGUGUCCAGCCCGGGGUCUACCGUCGGUUCGUUCGAGAACAAACAGUCCACUAGUCCCACGAUGUUGUGUGCCAAUUUGUGCGCGGCACUGUUUCAUCUUUUACUUCCGAUUGCUUACGAAUACGGUCCGGAAUUGGUCUGUGUUCUUAUCGGUCCCGAGUGGACCGAUUCGGGCAAUGAGCAAACGGAACAAGCGUUGGUGCAAUUGCUUCACCUCGCCAGCGGUUUAGGAUCGGCCAUUCUAGUGUCACUCGUCUCCAACCGGCCUCCGUCUACCACGGUGUUGAACGGUCUUUCGGGUCUGGCACCUGAAUCCGUUUCGGACGGACAGACAAAAUCGAUGGUACCAACCACAAAGUAA